CAAGCUUCUUAAACCUGCUGACCUCCUUCUUCGACUGAGCAUAAGAACACACUUAGGAGAAUUCACAAGAGUGAACUUGGGUCUGUGCGGGUCAUUGUAUGAAAGAGUUUUGACAAAUAACCCGAGACACCCUCUGCUGGCAAACCUUCUAGGUUUUGCAACCAAGACUCCACUGCACAGACAUUUAUUGUGGAAUCAAAAGUACCCAUCAUCAGCCAUGACGACCAAGAUUGCAUCGCUGGUUGGCAAAAGGAUCUUAGGCGAAACGGCCAGAAACCACUUUGGUCAAGAGGAUCCAUACUUUGAAGAAGUCCCUGCCUCCCGCCUAGGACGAGCCUUCGGCAAAAAGACGCAGAAGAGGCGCAAAGCGAUACCACCAGGAUUAUCAGACCAUGACCAGAAAGUUCUGACCCAAGUCAAAAGAAGAGCAUAUCGACUAGACUAUAGUCUUUUCAAUUUGUGUGGGAUAAGGUUUGGAUGGGGAAGUGUGAUUGGGCUAAUUCCUUUUGCCGGAGAUGCUGCCGAUGCAGCACUCGCCUUGAUGGUCGUUCGGACCUGCGAGGGCAUCGAUGGAGGUCUUCCUGCAAGCCUGCGCAUGAUGAUGAUGAUCAAUGUGGUGAUCGAUUUCUUCAUAGGACUUGUGCCUUUUGUGGGUGACAUUGCAGAUGCCGUCUAUAAGUGCAACACACGAAAUGCCGUGCUUCUAGAAAAGCAUCUGCGAGAGAAGGGGGCUAAGGCGCUCUCAAAGCAUGGCGGAAGACACGAUGCACCCGAAGACGCCAGUCUCCCCGAAGAAUUCGACCGCUACGACAAGGGCGCCAUAGAAGAACCGAGGAGACAUAGGAGCAGGAAGCACUCCAGGACUGAUGGUCCCGCGGUGCCCGAACCAGCACGACAUCCACGAAGAAAUCGGUCGCAGAGAAGAUGGUUUGGCGGCGCAGCCCUCGAGGAUGACGAUCUCGAAAGCGGAGUCGUCGACAACUCGCGAUCCGCUAGGCGCUGAGAAUGAGCAGCGUGUCAGCUUACAUGACGGAUGCAGAGACAGACUGAAUGACCAUAUUCGCAAGAAUAGUAUAAUGUUAGAUACCGCGUACAAUCAUAUUUGAUGUCUGCACUGCCGACUCUUAGCAACUUAUUUCAGGUCGAGAUCGAGCACAUGCAUAGCAUAUCUGGGACGAUAAGCUGUCCGAGUGCUGGCCUGUGGCCUGUGGCGAUGUUGCAUUCGUCUUGAACAUAAGAGCUCCGCAAAGGCUGCAUUGCUGUUCGGCAGGGGAAGCGCUGGGGG